GGUGGGGGUGGGCUGAGGCUCCUCCGAGGCCGGCAGCCGCCACCAUGAAGAAGAUCUUCUGCUUCUGGGGAGACCAGGGCGCGCCGCCCUCCCGCCCCUGCAGCGGCCGUGGCCAGACCAGGGUCGGCCUGCAAGGCCAGGCUGGUGACAGCGCCUUCCUGCAGCCACGCUACCACAUCCGGAAGAAAGAUCUCGGCAAAAUUCACCAGGCUGCCCGCGCUGGUGACGUAGCGAAAGUGGAGCAGGUCCUUUCUCUGAAGAAGAAGGUUCUGGAUGCCAGAGACAGACAGAAGAGGACUGCUCUCCAUUUGGCCUGCGCCAGUGGCCAUCCAAAAGUGGUUACUAUCCUUGUGGAUAGAAAAUGCAAGCUCAAUGUCCCCGACAGUGAAAAAAGGACAGCUCUGAUUAAGGCGGUACAAUGCCAGGAAGAGGAGUGUGCCACCGUCCUGUUAGAACAUGGUGCGGAUCCAAAUCGCAGUGAUGUCUGUGGCAACACAGCUCUUCACUACGCUGUCUAUCAUGAGAACACAUCGAUCACAGAAAAACUCCUUUCACAUGGCGCAAAUAUAGAAGCAAUAAACAAGGAUCACCUCACUCCACUUUUACUUGCUAUAAGUGGAAAAAAGAAGGAAAUGAUAGAAUUUUUGGUCAAGAAGAAUGCAAAUAUAAAUGCAGUAGAUAAAAUUAAAAGCAUUCACCUCCAAGCUUCAGAAUAUAAAGAAAAGAUACCUGACAAUCUUUCUCAAAAUAGCAAUCCAGUGGAUGGGAUUUCUGAAGACUCUACAGUCAGGAUUUCCACCAACCUGGGUAUUGAUGAUUCGUGGCCUACAUCAGACAGUGAAGACUUCAGUGUCGAUAAGAAGGAUAUUUCUGAACCAAACUUAACAAACUUAACUACCACUUCUCAGCAAUCCAGGAAAAACUUAGAAGCAAAAUAUGCUACUGUGAGAACAUAUAAUGAAAACGUGUUUGAGGACAAGAUUUCUGAUCAACCAAAUGAAGAUUUGUUUGAAUGCGUUCCUGCAACAUCAGCCGAAGUCCAGGGCUUUUUAAAUCCUUCCUUUCUACCACCUGAGCUUCAUCAGAAACCUUCCUUCCAGUCAUUGGAAAACUGUGGUCUUACAAAGGAUGGAGCAACAAAGCCAGAAUCUGGACAAAAGGAACAUGGUAUUGGUAUUAUUGAAAAUGCUCCACGAGAGCAAAAAGAUAAUGUCAAUUUUAUUUGUGUGAACAAAAAUAACAGAAGUGACAAGAUGUCUGCAUUUGGGUCUGGAAAAAAUGAAGAUGCAGGAUCACCUCAGGAUUUGGAGAGUAUCUCCACGAAUCUCCCACAGAAGGAUAGUGGUGAUUUACGUGGGGCUGCAGUUCACAAACAAAAAUAUAUGAUAAAUGGACAAGAAGCAGAAGAAGACCUGGAAGUGACAUCAGAGAAUGAGCAAGAGAGGCAUGAAGAAAGUGAAAAUAACCAGCCACAGGUUGAAGAAAGGGAGAAUCACAAAAGCAAUAAAAUGGCAGUAUCAGAAAAUCUUUAUGAUGCUGCUGCUGAUGACAGUGAUGAUGAAGCAUUACUUCAAGAAAGAAAGAGUGGAAAUACUGACAGUUGGCAAUUUCCUAGGAUGGAGAAUGAAGUGUGUGAUAGGCCUGCAAAGAAAAUGUCUAAUGAAAAGAACAAGGUCAAAGGACAAAUACAUUCUAUGGGUGACCAUGAUGACUUAACUUGGUCAUCUGAAACAGCCCCAGAGGAUUAUUCUGUUAGCCUAUUGAAAAUGCAAGAUGACGGUCUUUCACGGGAAAGAUUAGUAGAAAUUAAAAGCAAUCACUGUGAAAGACUUACGAUGAAAAUUAAAAAAAUGGAAAACAAGGUUAGCGUUCUGCAAGAUGAGCUCCAUGAAACCAAAAAAAUAAACUCACAGUUAAUGUAUGAAAAAGCUAUAUGGGAAUGUGAACUCUCUACUUUGAGAUGUACCCUAAAAGAAGAAGGAGAGAAGAGAAGAAAUGCUGAUAUGUUAUAUGAAAACUCUCUGGAAGCAUUAAGAACAAAAGAAGAGGAAUACAGGAAAGAAGUUGAAGUGAAACAACAACUUGAACAGUCUCUGAAAACACUGAAUACAGAAAUGAGCAUAUUAAGAAAUUAUUUGUCUGAGCUUGCACAAAAGUACAAUGAGAGUCAGAGGCAGCUAUAUGGAGAACAGAACACCAGACUAUUACAAGGUCGGAUUCUGGCCAAUCAACUUUACACACAAAGUGAAACAGAAAUGACUCUAAGGGAAAUGGAAUCUGAGAUUUUUCAGGGUUAUGAAAAAGAACAAGCUCUGAUACGUAAAAAUGACAUGUUGCAUGAAGAAAUAGCCAUGCUAAAAAUGGAAAUAGCAACAAUAAAAUAUCAGAAUGAGGAAAAAGAAAAGAAAUAUAUGAAUGACAUUAAAAUUUUUGAAGAAGUGAAUGAGAACCUUCAAAUGACCCUAAAACAGAAUGUGGAAAAAUUAACAGACACAGUAUCUCAGUAUAGUGACCAGCUUAAUGCUCUGGCAUCUGAGAAUGCCUUGCUGAAUGCUAAACUAGAAAAUGAAAAACAGGACAAGGAAAGACUGGAAGCAGAACUUGAAGCAUGCCCUUCUAGAUUGACUGCUGCAAUACAUGAUCUUGAUCAAAGUGAGAUGCUAAGAAGAGACGUCAAAAUGUCUUUGCAGAGAGCAAGUCAUGAGUGGUUUUGCUUACCGAAUGAAAUAACUGUGUGUGUGUCUAAUCUCAAAGAAAACCCUGAGAUUGUUGGUCAAAAAUGUUCUAAGGCUGAAAGUAAAAUCAACAGCCUGGAAAAUGAGCUCCAUCACACAAAUGUUCUGGGAGAGAAGAUGCUGGUUUUAGAAUGUGUCCAAAGAGACCUAUACCAAACAAAAUGUCAAAUGAAAAAGAUGAAAGAAAUGUAUGAAAAUGAGCAAUAUCAAGUGAAGAAAUACAUUGGACAACAGGAAUAUCUAGAGGAGAGAAUAUCUGAACUAGAAAGAGAAAAUAUGUUGCUUCAACAGCAACUGGCUUAUGCUCACAGCAAAGCAGAGGAUAAAGAGGAGACACUAAUGAAUGUGCGAGAGCAAUUUCAAGAUACUGUGAAAAACCUUCUAGCUGAGAAUGGAAAGCAAAGUCUUCUGCUAGAAGAUAGAAUUAAACAGUUAAUCAGUGAAUGCAAUCAGUUAAAAGAAAGACUAUAUCAAAAUGAAAAAGGGAAACCAGAAGAAGUACUUGUGAGACAACUUCAAGAACUGGCUGAUUCCUUGGAAAAAACGUCAACCUCAGAGGCUUCACAAGAGGUUCUAUCACGUCACAUGAAUGUAGAAAAUGAGACACCAGAUUCAAAGAAGGCAUUGGACCAAAUCAGGAAUCAUAUUGAUGAUCUUACAGAAUCACUGGUAACUGUAUCUUCAAGAUGUCGAUACCUAGAUGCAAAGAAUGUAGUUUAUGAGCAAGAAUUAUUAUCUAUGAAAGCAAUAGAAAAACAAUGUGACAUACUACAGAAAAAUAACAUGAAAUUGGAACAUGAAUUACUGAACCUCCAAAAUUAUAUGGAACAGAACAUGGUAGACCGUGGUCAGGUUCAGCGAUAUGAGCAGGAGAUUGAAGAAAGAGCAACACAGUUUAUUGUAGAAAAAUUAAAAGAAGUCAAUCUAUUUUUACAGGCACAAGCAGCAAUGGAAGAAUACAGAGAACAGUUGAGGGAGAAUUAUCUGGCUGCAAUAAGCAGUGAGAUGGAAUUCAGAAUGAAAGAUCUUGAGUCUGAAGUCUCCAAUAUGACAAAUGCUCGAGAAGACUUUCAUUGCAUUGAACUGGAAAAAUAUAAACAGCUCUAUCAAUUAGAACUAGAAGAUAGAAAAUACUUGUCAAUGAAACUAAAAAAAGCUACUGAGAGACUAGCAGAAUUCAGUAGCAAUCUUGUUGCGGAGACACAGACUAGACGUUUCUUUGCCACUUGUACAAUGAGCACAGUCCUACAGUCAGCAUCUGCUGGAACUCCUUGUAAUGGUUUUGGUCUUCACAGAGAAUUUACUUCAACAGAAUACUCACUGUUCUCUUCUUCCUGUUCAUGGACGUCAGAUUCCAGCUUGAAGAACAACUUGAGUGAGAUGCAACAAGAGUUGGAAGAAAUAACUGUAGGACUAGAAGUAGGUGCCGCUGGAUACUCCCCUCUAGAACAGCUUCUCCUCUAGGAUCCACUGAUAAAUAAAAAUGAAGACAUUCUUUGAAAAGCAUCAUGACAAUACGUGCCAAUUAAAAAAAAAAUUAUAUGAUCUCAAAGACUUAAGUGGAUCUUGCAAAUGAAAGCCAAUUUUAUAUCCUCAGACUGCCAAAUGCCAGCUGGUUAAACAGCCAAACAACCAAAUUUUCAUGAAUACUUUAGUGAAAGUAAUUGAUGGUUUAUUUUUGUAUAUUACAAUUUUUUAUCACUAUACAUAGUGAUAGAUUUAGAUUUCCACAGAUAUCAUUUUGCAUCCUGGUACUGUGGUCAUUGUCAGUGUUUGGAGGUGUCACAAAUAUUACAGUGCCAUCAGACUUAUAUAAUUUUAAUUUUAAGCACUGAUUUAUAUGACUCUUUCUUCCUGGAGAAAUAAAUUUACCUAGUGGUUUUCACUUUU